UUUCUUUACGGGGGUGCGGGGGAUCCACUUUGCGCUUGGAGUUAAUUCUUGCUACUCGCUCGUCACUUUAGCGCCUUGACGCACGCCAGGACCGAGACGGAGAAUACGCACGCGCGGCCGCGCGCACAGGUGUGCAGAGGAGCCGGAUGGUUCCGCUGUGAGGUUCGGGUCUCAGGGUCUACAGGGUCCGUCCGCCAUGUUGCAGCUCGGAGGCGUCAAGAAGUGUUUCUCCAUCGAAGCUCUUGUCGGGAAGCAGCAGCAGCGGCCCGAAUGCGUCCAAUUGGUACGGACCGCCUUCGAGGAGCCUAUUCGGCCCACCGCGCUCCGCUUUCCGGAGGCCCUGCACCAGCUCCCGGGCGGAGGGCCCGGUGGUGGUGUUCGAAGCUCGUAUUCGUCUGCCGGACCCAAUUUGGGACUCCACGUGUUCGGCCGACAUCCUGGACUCGGCGUGAGCCUGUUGUACCCCUCUGGCGCCGCCGCGGGGCCCCCCGCCUCCUGGAUCCUCCACAACCACCACAGAUACGUGCACGCGCUGGCAGGUGAUGACGGCGGUGCAGAGAACCUUCUGCUGCACGGCGCUUUCUCCCGGAAACCCAAACGGAUCCGCACGGCGUUUUCUCCCUCACAGCUCCUGCGUUUAGAGCGAGCGUUUGACAAAAACCACUACGUCGUCGGCGCGGAGAGAAAACAGCUAGCUUCAGCUCUCUGCCUCACUGAGACACAGGUAAAGGUGUGGUUCCAGAAUCGCAGAACCAAACACAAGCGUCAGAAGUUGGAGGAAGAAUCCCCUGAGGCGGAAAACAAGCGCUCCAAAGCCAGCCAACACGUUAACAGAUGGCGAGCUGCCACGCAGCAGAACCCCGCCAAACGCAUCGACGCCAUCGGCGACCACUGAGCGGACGCUGGCCAGAAAGGCCACUCGGACUCCGUUCAUGUUUGGACUGAGAUGAAGGAGAAAGAACAUUGUUGAUUGUCAAGUGUGCCAACAAACACAAAAACACUCUCCAACACGAGCUAACGUUAGCAUGUUAACACCACACAAGAAGUCAACAAUCACAGCAAGUACGUGUACAAAUUUGCAUUCUUACCUGUGACGUGAUCCAUU